AGCACUCGCAAGGGUCGCCUGUUGGACCUCAAUGUUGAGGCAUCGCACAGUCAGGUGAGGUCACAGGAGAAGCUGAUCCUCAAAGGGAUAAAAGCCAGAGGACAAGUUGAGGACCAGCACAUCUGCAUCCUCUCAACACCCUCAAGGAGAUGCUCCAAUGAAUCAUUGGGUUUAAUAUCCCGGAGCCAGUAGCACUGUCACCGACCAGACCAUGAUGGUACCAGAUGAUGGUUGGGAAAGAGGAAAGUGAGGAUCAGUUAUCAGAACGAGACGCACUAAGAUCGGAUCAAAGACAGGGUUCUCUGUGGUGCACAAUGGCCACAAGAUUACCAACUCGAGAAGAGUGUGAAAGCUGGAAAACUUGGGAACUAGCAGAAUUCCUACGACUGAAUAAUUUAUAUGAACCUGCCAGUGUAGUGGAAAGACAGAAAAUAUCUGGGUCAAUGUUUUUGAAUUCAUUAGAUAUUCUCCAGAACCGAUUCAAUGUAAUAGACUUUCCGCAAAUUCAAAAGAUUGUUCAUGACAUCCAAAAGAACGAUGGUGGAUUUAUGAGCAGGUUUAAAAAGUUCCAAAAUGAACAAGUGGCCCUGAUGCGUAAAACUGGGAAAAGUACUUGGGAUCGAUUUACAAAACCUGCGCCACCUUCUGUUCCUCAGAGGGAUUACUCAGAAGGUGCUGAAGGACAGGAGGGAGGACAAUGGUCUGACAAUGAAUUCGAUAAUAGUGAUUAUGAAAACCCAGAUGGACGUUCUGAUGGCUCAGACACAUAUGAAUAUCCACGUGAUGAUGGUGAUGGUGAUGAAAAUUAUGAACCGCCCCCCAGUGAAAAUAAAAACAAGAAAAUAGUUGCUCAAACUUAUCACAUUUCUAAGGGUGAAUAUGCAGACAACCGACCAGGAAACCGGCCAGCAGUCCCUAACACAAAGCUACCUCCAAUGUUACCACGACCAUCGCCAAGUCCAAACCAACGAAAGAUGCUCCCACAUCCACAGUCAGCUGGGAAAAUGGGAGAAAAGGAAGAUUAUGAGGAUGAUUAUAUUGUUCCUAUGGAAGAUAAUGAACCUGAUGAUGCAUACAUUGAACCCAUGGAGAAAUGUGCACCUCCAGCACUGUUAAAACCUCCUGUGGUGAAUAGAGCAGCCAAACCAUCAGGCUUGUCCACGAGUCCCAAAGCAGGACAUCUUCAUGGCCCAGGGCAACCUGCCUCUGCCCCAGAGCUGAACACAGAAAGCGCACAGUGUCAUGAUGUGUAUGAAGUUCCAGAUACAGAGGAAGCUUUACCACCGGUGCCCAGGGCCAAACCACAGCUUCCCAAACCUGGAUUCACUGGAACAGGAAGUCCAUUAUUAUUUCCUCACUCUGCCCCAAAAGCGACGAGCACACCAGAAAUACCCAGAAAUGAAUCACCAAUGAACAGAAAACCCUCCAUUUCUCAACCAGAGGAUGACAAUGAUGAAUAUGAAGUAUGUGACCCUGAACCAAGUAAUUCAACUAGUGGUUUACAGGAUUCCGCACCCGUUGCCUUUCAAGAAAUUCCAAUACCACCACAAAGGGAUCUGAAACCAACAAACAGGCCACUCCCAAAACCGAGAAUGGGUGAGCCUCCAAAAGAACAGUCACUUACUGAAGGUGAAAAACCUAGGAUUCCUGAUAGACCUCGACUCUCAAAUGCAACAGCUGAAUCUCCUGUUCUGCCAGCACCACGCCUUGGCCCCAAACCAGCCAUUUUGAAAUUGCCAACUACAAACCAUCCAAGCCUUGCAGAAAUCCCGAACAAACCUAAUGGGACUUGGGUACGACCUUGUGUUCCCACACGCAUUCCCAGCCCUAAUUCAAGUUUGGAACAGGAUCCCAAUGUUGAUGGAAAAGCAUGGUUUGCAAAUCAUUGUGACCGAAAAAACGCAGAAGAGGCUUUAAACAAAUUUAAUAAAGAUGGAUCCUUUCUCGUAAGAAAAAGCUCAGGUCAGGACUCAAAGCAGCCAUAUACAUUAGUUGUGUUGUACAAAAGAAGAGUCUAUAAUAUUCCUGUACGCUAUAUUGAAUUAACCCAAGAGUAUGCAUUAGGCAAAGAGAAGAAUGGUGAAGAGUCUGCAAACUCACAAAUAUCAAAAUUUGCCAGCAACUUGAAACAACUCUGAUACAAAAUAGUUGGAUUUCACAAGUCAAACACUUGUUUGUUCCAGCAGCUGGAACCAGAAGCAGAGGGCUAAGAGAAACCAAUUUUUUUUUCUGGUCUGAUUUGGAAUCACCAAGCAAUAAUAUAAUGAGGCCCACGCUUGAGCUGGGGAGUCCACAAUCAUGAGGUGUUGGAGGGUUCGUCUCACUGGAUGCAUCACUUUGCAUCAAUGAGCCAAUAGCUAUCAUCUGGAGAAAAGUUCUGUUCCCAGCUGUUAGGUAGUAUCUAAAUUUAUGAUUCAUAUGUUCUAGGAGUAUAACUUUUAGGUUUUGGUUAAAAAAAAACCUGGGUUUGAGAAAUUGGUAGAUAAUUACAAUUCAAAGGAUGGUCCAUGUUUAUUUAAAGGAGUUAGAAGUGUAAAAACAAUAAACAACAGGUGGUCCUUUCAGCUUCCUUAUGGAACCAGUAAGUUUGGUAAGAUGGCAGUUGUUCCUGUUAGAGAUAUAAAUUAUUCAUGCAUGUCCCAGAAUCGAGAGAGAUGUUUUGAAGGUAAAGUUAAUUAGUUUAGAUCUCUAUCUAGGCAUCCCUGGCGUGCCAAGUUGUCAAGGGAUAGAUUGCAGGGAAGUUUUUUUUUGGCUUUGGUGUUUUAUCUGUGUGAUUUCCCACAUAAACAGGCUGUCAGCUUGGGAGCAGCUUUCAGACAGGCAGAAAGAGAAUCUUAUAGGGGCUGCAAAGCAGCUGGAACCAGAAGCAGAGGGCUAUCAGAAACCAUUUUUUUUUUUGGUCUGAUUUGGAAUCACCAAGCAAUAAUAUAGUGAGGCCCAUGCUUGAGCUGGGGAGUCCACAAUCAUGAGGUGUUGGAGGGUUCGCCUCACUGGAUGCUAGUAGAAGGACCCCAAGAAAUCUCAUACCAUGGAGAACAGCGGGAACACCGAGGAGAAUAAAAGUGAAUUCCUGAGAGCUUGGCACACCUUAAUUUGGGCCCAGAAGAAGUAACUCUCGAGAUCCUACAUAGUAUAGUGGAACUCGUGGGUGGAAAUAAAAGUAGAAAGAGGAGUUCUCUUGAGAUUUUAGAGUUUAAAGCAUAAGUGUUUACAAAAUAUAGUGUUAAGUUAAUCAUGCUUGCUUUGUUUAACUCUUGUACAGUAAAGUUUUUGUUUAAAACAUGAAA